AUUAGCAUAUAUAUAGCUGAUAACAAACCCUCUUUCGUAUCUCUCGUCUUCUGGUUUACUUUCACUAUGUACCCUAUUGUUAUUACUUUGCUUUGUCUUCGUCCCUUUGUCCUAGCUACAACUUCUUCCAAUCACCAACCAUCUUUCUUCAUUCUCUCUAAUCCCUUUUACUAGUUAGAUUUUUUUUUUCCUAUUCCCAAGAGAACAAAAGGGUCUUUCAAUUUUGAUUUCAACACCUUGAAAUCUCUUUCUCUGGGUGGCAUCAUUGUUGUCCAACUUUCUUGAUUAAAUGGAAGGGCAAGUGGCUAAACGCAGACGUGUAUACUCUGUGAAACCAAACCAAAUAGCGCAAUUUAUAUUCACUAGAAAUUAUUUGAACCAUUUAGUUCCAGCGUUGGUGAAGAUAAAGGAAACAAAAUCUAAAGAAGAUAACAGCCACUGUGAUAUUAACAAUGCUGUAAAGUAUGAAGUGGACAUGGCGAUGGUGUUGUCAGCACAAGGUUUUGCAUGGAGUAAGGGCCUUAAAGCCAAGCUUCAAAGCGAUCAUGUCAAUGCAGAUAAAACCACUUGUGAAGGUUCAUCAAAGAUUUAUGAUAAAAGUGAGGUUGUCCCAAUGGAAUAUUUCUCUUCAAACCCUAGCUCAAAGUCCAAAGUGGAGGUUUUGGGGAGCAAGUCUAAGUGCAUGGACAUGUCAGAAACGAAAAGGGAUUUAGGCAUAGAAGAUGAUGAAGAUGAGGACAUGAAGAAGCAGUGGAAGAGACUGAGAAGGUUGGUACCUGGAGGAGAAGAGAUGUGUGAUGAACAAAUGGCUGCAGAGCUUCAGAGUUACAUCAGCUGUUUGCAAAUGCAGGUGAAUGCUCUUCAGUUUCUACUGCCAGAGACAAGUUGAUUUGUAUGUCGUCCAUUGAUUUCCACAAAUUAAGCCAUAAACUAUGUUACAUUCAAGAUUUAUUAAUUGCUGAACAAGUUAUGGCAUAUAUUUAUAUAUUUUUACAACUAUAUAUUAUUAAUUAGUAUAAAGUAUUUAUUAGUUUUGUUGAUGAUUAAUUUUUAUUGAAGAACUUUUGAUUAAUGACUUAUCGAUAGAAGUUAUGGUA